AUGGUGGCGCCAUUUGACAACCUUGACCACACCAACGCCUUCCAGCGAAUCAUCAACGGAACCCCGUUAUCUACGAGCCCAAACGCUCGGCCGUCAUCAAACUACGGAAAACAGUCAGGUGUGACUGCCACUGCCUCAUACAAAGAACCUGACUCUAGUUACACCACUCUAGCAGUGCCCAGCACCACUACUUCUGCUGCAGCGAGUCCUUCUACAGGCCAUCGUGCUCCUCCAACGGCUCCCUAA